UUGACAGCAUGGCUGACGUACAAGUGGCACCGCUCAGAACUUUAAAUGACUUUAUGAUGGAGUCGGCUCGAUUCCAGACACCUAAUAUUAAAGACCCAGAAAAAUGGGCAAAUAGAGUAUUGAACAAUUUGCUUUACUACCAGACAAAUUAUUUCCUGACAGCAAUGAUUGUCUUUUUAUUGAUCGGGAUUAUUCACCCAGUAAAAAUGGUUUGUGGGUUUGCUGCCAUAGCUGUUGCUUUUGGAGCAUUUGUUUACUGUACCAAUAGCCAGUUCACCGCCCGUCGUUUCAAGCGUGACCACCCACUCAUCAGCAUCCUCAUCGUCUUGGCCACUGGCUAUGUACUUGUUUACUUGAUUGGUGCUGUGAUUGUAUUCAUGUUUGGAAUAGCAUUCCCUUUGCUGUUAAUUCUGCUACAUGCAUCACUACGAAUGAGGAAUGUGAAGAACAAGAUAACAAAUAAGAUGGAGUACAUCGGCCUGAAAAGGACACCGAUGGGGAUCAUCCUGGAGGGGCUAGGACAGGAACAGGAAGCUGGCUCCUAAACAGGCCACAUCUAUAAUGUUUCUUCUUGACAGUUUAUUUAACACAUAAACAGUUUUAUCUAAGGAAUUCUUGUAUGUCUCUGCUUUAGUUGGACUACCCUAGGGAGAUAAAGAGAUUAAGAUAACAUUUUCAUUUCAAUAUUGGUGCAAUUUUGUACACUCCUGUGUAUAGUUUUACUUCAUGCCUGUAAUUGCUUUUCAUUGUAGUCUUCUUCUUGAAUCUUGAAUAUUCAAUUGUUAUUUAUCUGUAUAAGACAUUAUUUAAUUCAGAAAGGAUACCACAAUUUUUGCUCUUUGUGUAUUGAAAAUAUAUUUUGCUUGUUAUAAUCUUGCUAUAUCAUCCAUGUUAGACUGGUAAAUACCAGUAUCUCACAGGGUUUGUAUUUAUCUGUUGGAAAUACACCAACCUUGUAGUAGGAAAGUUCAUUUUAGAGGUGAAUGUCAAGAACAAUAGGAUAAUUUAAAUGUAUUAAUUAGUGCAAUAUCUUAUUACUUUUUAUAGAAUCAUAAUGUUUCUGUUUAGUGAUACUAUUUAAUUAUUUCUAGCGAGAUGUGACGAGCAAUUUUGUGUACAUAUCCAGUGAAAUUGGUUUUUCUUUCUGCCAAAGAAUGUUUAUCAUGCCUUUUGACGUUUUCCACAAUUUCCCUGUCAAAGAUAUAUAUUUGGUCACUUUUAAGGCAAAAGUAUGAAUUGGCGGAAUAUUUUCUUCAAGUGGUGUAACUCAAGCCCCUAUUAUACACAUGAUUUUGUUGUGUGAUAGAAGUCAAUAAAAGGGUACUGUUUUAUCGCUCAGCUGGUAACCAUGAUGUUAUAGAAAAUCAGGUAGACAUUCUUAAUUACUUGUUGAGUCAUGCUACUAAUCCAUAACAAGGUGACUUACACAGAAAAAUACCGGUAAGCAUAACCAUUAAUUACGUAUGUAAAAUAUUGAUUAUAUCCCUAUUGAAGUGUGGUUGGUUGGUUAACUGGUAACAUCUGUAUGUGUACAAUCAACAGCAGAUGGUAUGGUAUUGAUUUGAUUUGGGAGAUUAAAAUGUUGUCUAAGAUAAAAACAAAAAAAAACAAAAAAAAACAACCUAACUGUAUCAUCAAUGGAGUGAUUUAGUAUGCAUAAUAGUUUCAGUAUUAACAUUAUUUACCUAAUUUCAUCACCGAAGGAGUGUAUUUUCUUGAAAAUCAACUGAAUAUGCAGAUUUAACUUUGACAGCUUUGUGUUGACUGAGAACAGUAUGUAAGAAAUAUCGUGUGAAAGUUGAUAUAUAUAUAUAACAUGGUGGAGGUUUUCAGCAACAAUUAGCUGGCAGUAUAAUACCUGGUAGACCUGCCUAUAGAUUACAGUGUAUGUAGGUGUGCAAACUACUAAUCUAAAGACCUCUGUCAGUGGUACUAGUAUAUAAUUAUUGCGCUGGGUUUAGGGUUUCCUAGAAUUGAUUUUGUUGGAACUUCACUUUGUGGAAUAAUUAUUCGGAAUGUUAAUUUAUAGCGCUAUUCCAGAAUUAUCUGUGUAGGAGGGGAUGGAGAUAGUUGUAUCAAAAUGAUGGGUGACGGGCCGGGGUAAAUCCUCAUUUUCCCAGUAUUCCUUAUGCUUCAUAUGUCUUGAGUUUUGAUGGAUGUUGGGGUCUCUGAUAAAAUGCCUACCAUCCCCCCCACAUUGAUAUGUCUUCAGUUUUGAUGGGUGUUGCGGUCUCUGAUAAAAUGCCUACCAUCCCCCCCACAUGGAUACUUUUGGAAUGGCCCUCAGUGACUUAGUGUUUUAGGACAUCUCUGACAUGUGUAGUAAACAUUUGAUGUAAAUUUCUGAUUUAAUGCAUACAAUGUAUUUCGUCAUGUAUGUAUAGUAUUUUGAGGAGCCAGCAGUCCUAUAUCCUCCCACAUGGAAACUGUCAUUGAAAUGUUUGCUUUCGUGUGAAAAGUGCAAUAUUAAAUUCAAAAAUGAGCUAAAUAAAAUGCUCACAAAAGUGAAUGAUAUAAUAGAUGCUGGAAGCGUUUCAGUUAAAAAUCCUGAUAUUCUGAACAAGAUAAACACAAUGUUUCAAACUUUUGCAACAAAUGCAUUUUUUUUUUAUUUCUUGGGUGUGGAGGAACAUUUUGGCCCCUUAUCUAGGUUUAAUUCUGAAUUAGUUUAGAUAAGAUGGAAGUUUUGUGUUGUCAAAGAUCUGACUAGCAUGUGAACACCUUUGCCCAUAUCUGUUAUGUAAAGAACUAAAGUAUCAUUGCAUGAAAAUUAUAUUUUCUGUGAGUCUGGCGAUAUCGUUUAUCAAAAUUACCAUUAGUGUUUGAAUCUCUGAUAAAAUUGGUUAUUUCACAUGUGUAUUUAUCUUAUAAAUGUGUAAAGAUAAACUGUUAUUUAAACAUGUUCAAUUUAUCAGUGGACUGUUAAGAACUGUUCUAAUAUGUACAUGAAUUGUUACGGUUGCUAAUUUGAUGUCAUGUGUAUUAUAUAAAAUGUAAAUGUCAUUAUUGUCUAGUCACCGAAUCUAAUUACUGGUGUUAGGUUUAUACCCCACUGCCAUAAUAUUAGUUUCAUUUGAAGGUAAUUGACUGUAAUUCAUGUAAAUUACCUUCUUAAUUUGAACAUCAGGUUCACAAUUAAAAGUUAGUGAGUAUUUUAUGACACUUACCAGUAAUGUGACUGUGAAGUUUUUAUAUUUUUUUUUAUGCAGCUGUAAUUCUGCUGUAUCAUUUUUUCCCCAACAUUUUUCUACACAUUUGAAGGCAACAUCCUUUUUGUUAUGUAAAUGGAAAGUUCUGAAAAAUUUCACAUAGAUAAAAAUAAAUAAACGGAAGUGUGGCAUACAUAGUACUUUAUAUAGGAUCCAACAAAAUGCUAGACAAGAUUAUCAUUACAUUGUUUUUAAUUACAUUGUGUGUAAUUAUAUUUAGUUGAUAAAUACAUGGUGCUGGAAGAUUCUCAUCUCUACAUGUAUACUAUAUUACUAUACUAUAGUGCAGGUAAAAUUGUGUAAUGUAUUAUUAACAAAUUUUAAAACAUACAUUAUAUAUGUAGUUCCUUUACUAUUAUGUGGGUGUUUAGAUGUCUCCUCUCUCUCAGGAGGACUUUGUAGAGUUCGCCUCUCUCUCAGGAGGACUUUGUAGAUGUCUCCUCUCUCUCAGGAGGACUUUGUAGAGUUCGCCUCUCUCUCAGGAGGACUUUGUAGAUGUCUCCUCUCUCUCAGGAGGACUUUGUAGAUGUCUCCUCUCUCUCAGGAGGACUUUGUAGAUGUCUCCUCUCUCUCAGGAGGACUUUGUAGAGUUCGCCUCUCUCUCAGGAGGACUUUGUAGAGUUCGCCUCUCUCUCAGGAGGACUUUGUAGAUGUCUCCUCUCUCUCAGGAGGACUUUUUAGAUGUCUCCUCUCUCUCAGGAGGACUUUGUAGAGUUCGCCUCUCACUCAGGAGGACUUUGUAGAGUUCGCCUCUCUCUCAGGAAGACUUUGUAGAGUUCGCCUCUCUCUCAGGAGGACUUUGUAGAUGUCUCCUCUCUCUCAGGAGGACUUUGUAGAUGUCUCCUCUCUCUCAGGAGGACUUUGUAGAUGUCUCCUCUCUCUCAGGAGGACUUUGUAGAGUUCGCCUCUCUCUCAGGAGGACUUUGUAGAUGUCUCCUCUCUCUCAGGAGGACUUUGUAGAUGUCUCCUCUCUCUCAGGAGGACUUUGUAGAUGUCUCCUCUCUCAGGAGGACUUUGUAGAUGUCUCCUCUCUCUCAGGAGGACUUUGUAGAUGUCUCCUCUCUCUCAGGAGGACUUUGUAGAUGUCUCCUCUCUCAGGAGGACUUUGUAGAUGUCUCCUCUCUCUCAGGAGGACUUUGUAGAGUUCGCCUCUCUCUCAGGAGGACUUUGUAGAGUUCGCCUCUCUCUCAGGAGGACUUUGUAGAUGUCUCCUCUCUCUCAGGAGGACUUUGUAGAUGUCUCCUCUCUCUCAGGAGGACUUUGUAGAUGUCUCCUCUCUAUCAGGAGGACUUUGUAGAUGUCUCCUCUCUCUCAGGAGGACUUUGUAGAUGUCUCCUCUCUCUCAGGAGGACUUUGUAUAUGUCGCCUCUCUCUCAGGAGGACUUUGUAGAUGUCGCCUCUCUCUCAAGAGGACUUUGUAGAUGUCUCCUCUCUCUCAGGAGGACUUUGUAGAUGUCUCCUCUCUCUCAGGAGGACUUUGUAGAGUUCGCCUCUCUAUCAGGAGGACUUUGUAGAGUUCGCCUCUCUUUCAGGAGGACUUUGUAGAUGUCUCCUCUCUCUCAGGAGGACUUUGUAGAUGUCUCCUUUCUCUCAGGAGGACUUUGAAGAGUUCGCCUCUCUCUCAGGAGGACUUUGUAGAUGUCUCCUCUCUAUCAGGAGGACUUUGGAUGCCCAAUAAUAUCAUGUCUGCACUUUAUUCUUUGUGAAUUGUUCAUGUGGUAUUUGUGUGGUUGUGUUCUGAGAAUGUAGUUCAUGCAGUGUGUCGGGGAUGGUGCAGUUUGUCACAGUUGAUGUAGCAUGUCAGAGAUGGUGCAGCGUUUCGGAGAUGGUGCAGUGUGUCGGAGAUGGUGCAGCAUGUCACAGAUGGUGCAGCAUGUCACAGAUGGUGCAGCAUGUCGGAGAUGGUGCUGCAUGUCGGAGAUGGUGCAGCAUGUCAGAGAUGGUGCAGCAUGUCAGAGAUGGUGCAGUGUGUCGGGGAUGGUGCAGUUUGUCACAGUUGAUGUAGCAUGUCAGAUGGUGCAGUGUGUCGGAGAUGGUGCAGCAUGUCGGGGAUGGUGCAGCAUGUCAGAGAUGGUGCAGCAUGUCGGAGAUGGUACUGCCUGUCGGAGAUGGUGCUGCAUGUCGGGGAUGGUGCUGCAUGUCGGGGAUGGUGCUGCAUGUCGGAGAUGGUGCAGUGUGUCGGACAUGGUGCAGUGUGUCAGAGAUGGAGCAUCAUGGCAGAGAUUGGGCAACGCGAGAUGGGGUUUAUAGAAAUGUUAAGUUAAGGAUUGUUUUAAUCUCAUUUUUUAACCUCAGCUUUGAUAAUGUUCAGUCUGUGGGUUUCAUUUCAAUCAUUUUGUUCGUUGGCUUGAUUAUCAUCAUUGUACAUGUACGUUUUGUAUUGCGUAUAACAUGAAGCAUUUCAUAACUUGUGGUUUGAAAACUCUCCAUGUUGUGAUAUAUAUUGUAUAUGUAUUACACAUGAGUUAUGUAUUCAUCAAAAUUGUAGUGAUUCGUAACAGUGUUUUUAUUCCACGGAUUUAUUUGGCUCUGUGUUCGAUACCAUGUUCAGUUGUGUGGAAAUAUUAUGGAAUUUACUUUUACCUGUGAUUUUUGGUGGUUUACUGAAGUAUUCAAAUUACAAAUAUUAACAGUUUAUUCUUGCCAAUACACUUUACGGUACGACAGUUCAAUUGAUUUUUGAACAGAAAAGCUGAGGUGCUGCAUGCUCCAUCCGCUACCCUUUUCUGAUUUGGUCUUCUGAUCCAUUCACCUGAAAGUGUAUGGACUAGAAUAAAGAUCUCUGUGAUAAUUGCUUUUUUUUAGGGGUUCUGGAUUCAUUUUGCAGGUUUUCUAAAGUAUUAAGCAUCCAAUUGCAAGGAGAUUAUUACAUGAAUGUUAUUGAAAUGUGCAGGUUUUCAAUAUUUAGACAUACUUGUCUUUGUUUUUUGUGAGGUAGAGAAAUCCUUAGUUUGUGUAAUUCUUGUGAUUUUAUUAAUGAAUUAUUGUUUUAUUUGCUAUGGGACCCAGUAUUAUAGUCAUUACUUACGCAUGUUGUAUAAGGGAGAUAACCAAUGUUUCAUCUGGAGGCAUUUGUGACUUAAAACCGUUGAUUGUACGUGUUUGAGCUGACCAUUAGUGUUAACCAUAGUGCUGAAUAAUUGUACAUGAUGAGAUUAACUGUAACCUACAAAAUGUCUGUACAUUUCUGGUUCAUUGAUGGGCCAGUUUCUCUUGCCUGAGGUAUAAUUUAUAUGUUUGUUGUGAAGCAGUUUUUGAUAGCUACCCACAUAUCCCUCUAUCAUGUGAUGUAUCAUGUGAUGUAUCAUGUGAUACCAGUCCAUAUAGUGGUGUUUGGUUCUGAAACCGCUCAUGGUUUAUAACACAGUCCCGUGUGUACAUGCAGGUACUGAAAGUGUCCAGCUAUUUUAACAAAAUUUCAACAAGCAAGCUUCGAAGAGUCCUAUGACUCAUUGCACACAGUGUCUAACAAAAGUGACAAGUGCUACGAUGUUUCAUAAGUGAAUAUGUAAAAAGUAUGUAAUCACUAAUAAAUUAUGUAAUAACAG